AUGGCCGGAAGGGGGCGCCGGUUGGCGGUAUCCGGGGGCGGAGCCGGCACGGCUGGCAGGGCGGACGGGCCCGGGCCGCGCGUGGCGGCGGCGAUGGGCGAAGGCGGGCUGCCCCCGGCCUUUCAGCUGUUGCUGCGCGCGUGUGACCAGGGCGACACGGAGACCGCGCGGCGGCUGCUGGAACCGGGGGCGGCGGAGCCAGCCGAGCGCGGCGUGGAGCCGGAGGCGGGGGCGGAGCCGGCGGGGGCCGAGGCGGCCGGGUCUGGGGCCUCAACGGCGGUUACGGUCGGUGCUCCGGUGCCUGUGGACUGCUCGGACGAGGCGGGCAACACCGCGCUGCAGUUCGCGGCGGCCGGGGGCCACGAACAGCUGGUGCGCUUCCUGCUGCGCCGCGGCGCCUCGGUCAACAGCCGUAACCACUACGGCUGGAGCGCGCUCAUGCAGGCGGCCAGAUUCGGGCAUGUGAGUGUGGCACACCUCCUGUUGGAUCAUGGAGCUGAUGUCAAUGCCCAGAACCGGCUCGGGGCCAGUGUGCUCACUGUGGCCUCUCGGGGUGGCCACCUGGGUGUGGUGAAGCUGCUCCUGGAAGCUGGUGCCUUUGUGGACCAUCACCACCCCUCAGGCGAGCAGCCGGGGUUGGGCAGCAUCAGGGAUGAGCCCCUGGACAUCACAGCCCUGAUGGCCGCCAUCCAGCAUGGGCAUGAGGCUGUGGUGCGUCUACUGAUGGAGUGGGGCGCAGACCCCAACCACGCAGCCCGGACGGUGAGCUGGAGCCCGCUGAUGCUGGCUGCACUCACUGGGCGACUUGGAGUGGCCCAGCAGCUGGUGGAGAAGGGCGCCAACCCUGACCACCUCAGUGUGCUGGAGAAGACUGCCUUCGAGGUUGCGCUGGACUGCAAGCACAGGGACCUUGUAGACUACCUGGACCCGCUGACCACCGUAAGGCCCAAAACAGAUGAGGAGAAAAGGCGACCUGAUAUUUUCCAUGCAUUGAAAAUGGGAAACUUCCAGCUGGUCAAAGAGAUUGCUGAUGAAGACCCCAGCCAUGUGAACUUGGUCAAUGGGGAUGGGGCGACCCCACUGAUGCUAGCGGCUGUUACGGGGCAGCUGGCGCUGGUGCAGCUACUGGUGGAGAAGCAUGCGGAUGUUGACAAGCAGGACAGCGUGCAUGGCUGGACGGCCCUCAUGCAGGCCACCUACCAUGGGAAUAAGGAAAUUGUCAAAUAUCUGCUAAACCAAGGGGCUGAUGUCACUCUUCGUGCAAAAAAUGGAUACACGGCCUUUGACCUGGUGAUGCUGCUGAAUGAUCCCGACACGGAACUUGUUCGACUGCUGGCAUCUGUCUGCAUGCAGGUGAAUAAAGACAAAGGCCGGCCGAGCCACCAGCCACCCCUACUCCACUCGAAGGUCCGACAGCCCUGGAGCAUCCCAUUGCUGCCCGAUGACAAGGGUGGGCUGAAGUCCUGGUGGAACCGAAUGUCCAAUCGGUUCCGAAAGCUCAAACUGAUGCAGACGCUUCCCCGUGGGCUAUCUAGCAACCAGCCUUUGCCUUUCUCUGAUGAGUCUGAGCCAGCUUUGGACUCCACAAUGAGGGCCACCCCCCAGGACAAGACAAGCCACUCUGCACUCCCUGAUGCAUCUCCUGUGACCAAAGACAAUGGUCCUGGGAGCACAAGGGGAGAAAAGGAAGACGCGUUAUUGACAAUCAUGCUUCGAAACGGAGCUCCCCUCACCAGACUCCCGAGUGACAAGCUGAAAGCUGUCAUCCCGCCAUUCCUACCCCCUUCCAGUUUUGAGCUGUGGAGCUCUGAUCGGUCCCGGACGCAUCACAAUGGGAAGGCAGACCCCAUGAAGACUGUGCUGCCCCAGAAAGCCAGCAGGGGCCACCCCAUGGGCAGUGGGAGCACAGAUACCACACCUGUCAGGCCUGUUAAAUUUCCAAGCCUCUCCAGAAGCCCAGCCUCUCCUACCAAUUCUGGAAACUUCAACCACUCGCCUCAUUCAUCUGGCGGCUCCAGUGGGGUAGGAGGUAUGAGCCGACACGCUGGGGAGCUGCUUAACCGCUCCGGUGGCAGUAUAGACAAUGUCUUGUCCCAGAUCGCAGCCCAGAGGAAAAAAGCAGCUGGAUUAUCGGAGCAGAAACCCAGCCAUCGGUCAACCCCUGUGGGGCCAGCACCGGGGUCCAGCCCGUCUGAGCUUCCAGCCUCCCCUGCAGGUGGCAGCAUUCCUGUUAGCAAGAAAUUGGAGACCAGCAAAAGGCCUCCGUCUGGAACUUCCACUACCUCCAAGAGCACCUCCCCAACCCUCACGCCCUCUCCUUCACCCAAAGGGCACACUGCAGAGUCCUCAGUGUCUUCCUCCUCAUCCCAUCGGCAGUCCAGGAGCAGUGGAGGCUCCAGCAGUGGCACCAUCACAGAUGAGGAUGAACUGACUGGAAUCCUUAAGAAAUUAUCCCUUGAGAAAUAUCAGCCCAUUUUUGAGGAACAGGAGGUGGACAUGGAAGCGUUCCUCACGCUGACUGACGGCGACUUGAAGGAGCUGGGAAUUAAGACAGAUGGGUCCAGACAGCAGAUUCUGGCAGCGAUUUCUGAACUGAACGCAGGCAAGGGACGCGAGAGACAAAUUUUACAGGAAACCAUUCACAACUUCCACUCUUCCUUUGAGAGCAGCGCCAGCAACACCAGGGCUCCUGGCAACAGCCCCUGUGCGUGAUCCUCCUUCCCGCAGCCACCAACAUGAGCUCUCUGAAUCUCAGGACCCCUUCACGUGGCCAGGGCCCCAGCCCCAGCCCCAGCCCCACCUCCAUGACACUGCUGUGCCUUAGUCACAUUAUUCCCUUUGCUCGAAAUGCCCCACUUCACGUCUACUGUAUUCGUUGGUAGUACUUGUUACUGUAACAAACUUCAUACAGAGACAUUCCCAUGUAACAUUCCAGUGGGGGUGCUUCUGGUUGGCAGGUGGGUUCACACAGUGAUGCGGGGACUCAGCUCCUUUCAUCCUGUGUUCUACCCAGGAGCCUCAGAGUUUGCUUCUGGCUGGCUGCAAGGGAAAGGGACGAUGGAGGAGGCACAGCUACUGCUUACCUGCCUUGCUCCUAACUGGCACACAUCACUCCUGCUUAGAUCCUCUUGGCUGCUGGUAGUCAUGUGGCCCCAUGGAUGCAGAGGAGGCUGGGUUGUGCAGUCUCCAUAGAGUGGCUUCCCAGCAACAACUUUUGACUUAGAUGGGGGUGUGUGUUAUGGUGGGAGGCUAGCCACCCUGCCACAUCUUCCCUUAAAACUUCUAAAUUGUCCCUCCUGGUCCAAGUCACCUCUCAGAUGAAGUCUUUUUUUUGACCCCCUUUCAACCACUGUGUGCCUUCGUGCUGUGUAUGUGACUGCUCUAGCAUUCCACUGCACCUGCUGCAUACAGCUUACAGCACGCAUUCGAGAUGUGUAUGUCAAAUGCAUUUUUCUUGAUUUCAAGGACAGUCUAUUUUAGAGGGAGAGAAGAGGAGGCCUGCUGUAUGGAUCUCUUCUCCCUAGCUUUCAGUUUCCUUAUCUGCAAGGUGGAGGGUCAGACCAGAUGAUGCUCUGCUACUCCACAGUGCUCACCCAUAUCACUGCAGGGCUUUCUGCACCGAAAGUGGAAGCAGAGGACUAAUGGGUCACGUUGUGAAAGAGUCUCUGGUGCUCAAAGUUUCUAGGCAAAGAAGUGACGAAUUUGGAAUUUUGUCUAGAUCCUGUUAAUGCUGUGUUCCUCAAAAGGGAAUUGGCUUGUGUCGUUUCCUACCAUAUCAUAUCAUAUUAUAUCAGAGGGGGCCUGACUUUUAAAACCCAGUGGCUUUCUAAAGUGUUUUCCAGUGAGUGACUCAUUCAGCCAGUGCUUGUUGCAUUUAUGUUAGAUACCAGGCACCAAGUGUGCAGACACAAUCCAGAGCCUUCAGGCUCUUGAUGGGCAAGAGAACACCUGUAAACAGACAGUCCCAGCCUUGAGAGGCAGCUUGGGGGAGUGGACAGACUGUGCUCUGGACUCAGGUUCAAAGUUCACAUGCAGCUCUAUGGCCUCUUAGUCAGAGCUUGGAGCCAGUGUGCAUGAAGUGCUGGGUCUGCAGGAAGUAGCUGGUAGAUGGUAGGCUUCACAGAAUUCUAAUCUCUACCCUGAGCUGUGUGAGCCACAUGUUGGUCUCCUUGGGAGGUACCAUCUCUCAUCUGUCCCUCCCCCAGCCAUGAAAGCCCACGCCCCUAUGCUGGCUUUCAGAGGCAGUCGUUACCCUACUGCCCAGAGCCUCAUAGUUUUCUUCCCCUGCCCUGAUAGUGGGUAUUUUUCCUCUAAAUCCUCUCAGCCUUCCACCCACAGAAGCCAGCUUUCCACAGGACUGAAGACAAAGUAUUUCAUUUAUCUGUUACUGACAGACACAUUUACAAAGGUUUCUCAUGUCCCAGCCUUUUUAAGGAGACACAUUCAUUCAUCGCCUACUAUGUGCUGGCAGCUUUACCUUUGUCAUUUCAUCCUCAUGGCCACCCUGGAGGUGGCGUUGUGUAACUUCAUCUUGCACAUGCAGGAAAUGGAUGCUCAGGAGAGGGAAGCUGCAGACCCGGGCUCAGAACCAGAACUGGUGGGCUUGCAAGCCUGUCCCUCUUCCACUAACUCCUAUAGACUCCCGGAGCUAGAAGCACUUGUGAUUCUUGUUUUCAUCUACUGAUGGCUUCAGGGAUUAACAGUAGACCUAGAAUUGUUUGCCUCUGAAAUUCGGGAUCCCCGACGUUAUGUGCUUUGAGGUUUUGUGCCUGCUUUCUGCUGUGGUCCUGUUUCUUUCAUAAACAUAUACUGGUAUAGCUUAGACUCAGGUAAGUUUGACUGAACACCAGUGAUAAACAGGAGCUGCGCCAGGGGGUCAGCUUCCCACAGAUGUAGACCUCCAUGAAUGCACUGGAUGACCCUGGACAGAGCGAGGCUAUUCCCAUUUUGCAGACAGGACAACAGAGGCUCCAGACAAUGCCUCUUUUUUCUUUUUCACUGGACUCAAGUAUCCAAGGCUUUUUCUGCUAGGCACUUUGUAUACUGGUUCACAGACUGUCCCUGGAACUCCUUCUGGGCAGGUGUGGAUGUGGCUGGUAGGCAGGGAAGAGAAAGGGCACCCCAGCAGGGGCAUGUGCAGAGGCAGCACGUAAUGUGUAGGUUAUACAUUGUCAAGGAGGAGGGGUCAGUUGGGUGCUUGUUUUGCUGAUUUUUGGUCCUUAGUCACCCCCUUCCCAUCCCACAGGUGUCCCCAGCCUGCCUCCAGGAGGCUGUUCCCCGCCCCGCCCAAGAAGUACCUCCCUUGCUUGGUGACCUUCACCAGCAUUUCCCAAAAGUGUGCUUCUCGGAACCCUAGUUCCACAGGAUGUUAACAGGUGUUUCAUGAAGAAAAGUAGGGGUGCGUAUGUGAAAGUGGGAGAGGCUCCCUGGUGGAGUAGUUGGGCAGAAACUGAGCUAAAGCGAGCUAUGUGAUCAUCUUUGCUGCAGGCCUCUUAAAACCUUCAGUAUGCCAGCACUCCUCAGGCCUCUUCACAGGGCCAAGAAACUUGUAGCGGCUCCCACAUUACUCUGAUCACUUCUCCAGGGUGCUUUUGCAAGACUGAAAUUCCUUGGACACCACUGGGGAAGCCCUGCUUUGGUGGGAACAGUGGCAGCCAUGAGGCCUCGCAGCCCUGGGAGUGGGUCAGGGCCAUUGGUGGCCACCUUUUUUCUUCCCAGCAGCUUUCUGCAGAGGUGGCCUACCUGGCAGUGGGAUAUCGGGAUGGGGCCUGCUUUAGAUGGCAGGGCCCCUGUUCCGAGAGCGCUCCAUCCUGAGGCUCUCCUGUGGGGUGGAGGGUGUUAUUUCCUAGCACCCACGCAGUGUCUUGCUGAUGUGUCCUAGGUGUUGGAGGUCCAUGGCCCUGCUGGCCAAGAAGGACUCCUGCCUCUCUACUUCAGCACCACAGAAUUCUAUGGAGGCAGCUGGUUUUGUGAGGAGAAAGUUUACUUUUUAAUUCUUUUGUUUACUGAACGUUUACUUAGCAUCUACUCUGCGCCAGCUCCCCUCUUGUACUCUGCCUCCAAAGAUGAAAAAGGACUUCUCUGCCCUGAAGGGAACCCCACAGUGUCUUAGAGGAGACAAGCACAUCAGUGAGAUGGUGUGAUGAAGUGUGCUGGGUACGCCGCUCUGGGAAAGUCACCAGUGAUGGUUCAGGCUCCUCCUGGGCAGGCCUUAGAGCAGAGAGCUGGAGUGAGACCUCAAAGGGCAGGUUUAGGCAGGAAAGAGAAAGGGCACCCCAGCCAGGGCAUGUGCAAAGGCAGCAUGUAACAUGUAAGUUACAGAUUGUCAGGAAGGAGGGGUCAGUUGGGUGUCUUGUUUUUCUGAUUUUUGGUCCUUUGAAAUGAGUAGAAGCAACCUGUUACCCUGGAAAGAGCACUGGGCCUAGAGUCAGAGCUAGUGCUGCAUGACGUUGAACAUGUUUCUUCUUCCCUCUGAGUCUCAGUUUCCCUUUUGGUUACAAGGGGCUAGCAGCCCCCAGGGAUCAGGUGAAAGUGAGAAAGCCCUUUUCACACUGUGAAGUGGUGCAGAUGUGAGAAACCUCACAGAUGGUUGCACAUUUUAAAUCCUUUCUCUCACCUCUCAUCUCUCUCCCUUCUGCCUGGACAUAGCCAUGGCUGGGUGGGUGAGGCCAGAAGAAACUGCAUCUGGCAAGAGGUAGCAGCUGCUGCAGUGGCUCUGCCGGCAUCCGAGCCCACAGAAAUGAGGGGUGGCCGAUGGAUCUGCAGUCCAAAUGUGCCUGACCCUGGGUCUUGAUGUCAUUGGGAUUCCCAACACAGCGGACAGAAAGAAAGACAGUUUGGCCAAGUCGUAGAAGCUGAUCCACUGGGCGAAAAGAGGGCAAGGAACCCGUCUCUUUUCUGCUUACCUAGGAGCUGCCUGAAGACAUUGUCACACAGGCCAGGCGAGAGACUGGACAACUUUGGACAUCUGCGCUACCUGUGCUUCCAAAUAAAUGCCUCCUCAAGGGCCCGGGACCCUUCUUCAGUGGGCUCUGCAGCAAGAAUGAAGGUGCCGUCAGCAGAAGGCGCUGUGAGGCACCAUUCUGUCACUGUCCUUGUCCAUUCCUAGCCCGUUAAUUGUGUCUUGUUAACCAGCAGUUCCUGUCCAACAUGUAAAAAGACCUGAUGUUUUCCCUAAAAAAGCUGAUACCAAAUUCUGCAGGACUGGCCUGCAGAGGGAGUCUCCGUGGGUGAGGUGGGUCCUCUGGCCUCAGGGGCCUCUGCUCCUCCUUAACAUACAGCCUAAGAGUGGAGUUAGACCUGGCCUUAAUUUCAGCCCCCCAGCUGAGAAGCCAGACCCAAAAAUAUAGUUGUUGCUAAAGCCUGGGAAUGACAAGGGAAAUCCACACAGAAUCACAGGUAGUGAGCUCAAGGACGAAGCCCAGGCCACUUGUCCUCGGCUCCCUUUCCCUGGCACUAUAGUUCCUUCCCAAGGCUGAGACCACAUCUCCCUGCCCCUGAGAACCCCCUCCAGGACCCCCCCCAACUCGGGGUCCUGCCCAGCUGAGUGGCGCCAUCUCACAUUAACUUAGGGGCCCUCCCAGGUUCCCAUUUCCUGCUGGAGCUCUCCCAGGGCUGAGACACAGGGCAUGGCCAUCCUAGUCAGGGAGGCCCCGUCUCCACCCCCAGGUGGCUGGAGUGGGUUUGGCCUUACCCUGUAGGGCCCUCACUAGGCCACUGUUUCCACUGCCAAGACUCUAGGAUGCUAUUUUUAGUUUCUGCCCAAGGGAGUGAGUUUCCAUUUUCCCCACCAUAGACACUUAUUUUAUUGUUAUGUUUAUGUAAGGACUUGAAAGAUUCUUGUUUAUUGGCCUGUGUAUAUUAAAUGACAUGAAGUUA